GGAUUCCAAGUUUCUUCUUGGGUCUCUUAAAACGUUGUCGAAAUUCCCAAGACUUGAAGGCUAUGAAGUCUGUUUUAAUCGUCCACGGCUUCUGUAGAAACGAGCUGUUGUUAGAAGAAUUUGUUGGCUCUUGUUUUGAUCUGGGUGCUCCAUGUUUGGCUCUCCUUGCAUUCCAGAAUAUCAAAAAUCCAAAUUUGUUUUGUCAGAAUUUGAUGCUAAAGGGUCUUAAUAACUACGGAUUUUUUGAGGAGCUGUUGCUUGUUUAUCUGAAGUGUCGGGCGUUGGGUUGCCCAUCUAAUGAUUUCACAUUCUCCUUGGCAAUUAAGGCGUGUACGGCUUUGGGUGCUUUUGAGAUUGGGAAAGAGAUACAUUGCAUUGUUUUGAGAACUGGAUAUGGCGGAAAUGUUGUUACACAGACUUCUUUAGUUGAUUUCUAUGGGAAAAAUGGUCUAAUGGGGAAUGCACGUUCACUGAUCGAUGAAAUGCCCAAUCCAGACUUGGUUUCAUGGAAUGCCUUACUUGCCGGUUAUUCUUUGAAUGGGCUUGAUCAUGAAGCACUUGAGAUUUUCAGGGAAAUUCAAGUGAUGGGUUUAAUGCCUAAUAUGAGCACUUUGGCAAGCAUAAUUCCAGUAUGCACCCGUUUGGGUUGUAUUCUCAUUGGUAAAUCUCUUCAUGGGUUAGCUGUCAAAUACGGGUAUUCCUCAAAUGGAUUUUUGGUGCCUGCUUUGAUUUCAAUGUAUGCCAGUGAUGCGGAUUUAUCUACUGCUAGAACAUUGUUUGAUUCUUUAGCGGAAAUGAAUGUUAUUGUAUGGAAUGCUAUGAUCAAUGCUUAUACACAGAACAAGAAGGUUUAUGAAGCCUCUGAGAUGUUCAGACAAAUGCUUCAAGCUUCCAUGCAGCCUGAUUCAGUCACAUUUGUGUCUAUAAUUCCGUCAUGUGAGAACUAUUGCAGCAUUUGCUAUGGUGAAUCUCUCCAUGCUUGCCUAAUAAAACUGGGGGCUAUAACUCAAGUCUCCGUAUUGACAGCCCUUUUAUCAAUGUAUUCCAAAUUUGGUCACAUAAAUUCAGCGCUGUUUCUUUUUGAUGAAAUGUCUAAGAGGAAUUUGCUGUCAUGGAAUGCACUGGUUUCUGUUUAUGUCAAUAAUGAACUAUGGGGUGAUAGCUUGGUCGCAGUUCAUGAUAUGCAAUUGGCAGGAUAUACUCCUGAUGAUAUCUCAGUGGUUAGCAUUCUCUCUUCUUGCUCCAGACUAGAGGAUGCUUUGCUUGGCAAAUCUACCCAUGCAUUUAUAGUUAGAAGGGGUUUGGAAAGAAACCUCAAUAUCUCAAACGCACUCUUGGCAUUUUACUCUGAUUGCUGUCAACUAUCCUCUUCUUUUAAGCUAUUUCAGAGAAUGGCCGCCAAGAAUAUUGUAUCAUGGAAUACUUUGAUAUCUAGGUGUGUAUACAGUGGACAUGUGGAGAAGACAGCAAUACUUGUUCAGGAGAUGCAGAAUGAGGGAAUUAAGUUGGAUUUAGUAACUUUAAUUAGCAUUCUUCCUGCCUGCACUGAAUGUGAAAGUUUAGGGCAGGGAAUGGCUCUUCAUGGUUAUGCUAUUAGAUCUGGGUUUGAAUAUGAUGUUUCUUUAGUUAAUUCCCUUAUUAACAUGUACUGUGACUGUGGUGAUCUUGAUUCUGGGAGGUUCCUCUUUGAGGUCAUGCCUGAAAGAAGUCUGGUUUCUUGGAAUUCACUAAUGACUUGCUAUCGACGUUACAAUUCACCCAAUGAUGUUCUGCUUUUGUUUUCUCAAAUGAUAAAUGAGGAUCAGAAGCCGAAUCAUAUAAGCUUGCUAAAUCUUUUGCCUCUCUGCUGCACCCAGUUGCAGGGAAAGUCCAUUCAUGCUUUUGCUGUUAGAACAGGGAUUGUAGAAGAAACCUCUCUUCUUACAUCUCUUAUAUUCAUGUAUGCUAGGUUUGAAAACAUAAAUCUGUGCCAAUUGGUUUUUCAUAUGGCACAAAAAUGGGAUAUUUCUUUGUGGAAUGCCAUUAUGUCUGUGCAUAUCCACUCCAAUAAUUCAAGAAGAGCAGUUGUUGUUUUCUCUGACUUGCUUCUGAUGGGGUUGAAACCUGACAAUAUAACAGUUCUGAGUUUAAUCUCAGCAUGUGCUGAGCUGAAUAACCUAACCCUUACUGAUUCUAUUAUGGCAUAUGUGAUAUCCAUGGGCUUUGACAAAGAUGUGACAGUCAACAAUGCCCUAAUAAACCUUUAUGCAAGAUGUGGCAACUUAUUUAUAGCAGAAAAACUGUUCGAUAACUUGCUUCAAAAGGAUGCCGUCUCCUGGAGUAUAAUUAUAAAUGGAUAUGGAUUGCAUGGGGAUGCUGAAGCUGCUCUCAAACUUUUCUCAAGGAUGCAAGUUUCAGGGGUGAGACCAGACUCUUCUACUUAUUCAAGUGUUUUAUCAGCUUGCAGCCAUGCCGGUUUAGUUGAUCAGGGCCUGAUGAUAUUCAACUCCAUGGUGGAAGCUGGGAUACCUCCAGGAGCAGAACAUUAUGCUUGUAUGGUGGAUCUUCUUGGGAGAAGCGGUAACUUGGCUGAGGCUUAUGAAAUUGUUAACAGACUGCCUUUUAAACCUUCUGUCAGCAUGCUUCAAUCUUUGUUGGGAGCCUGUAGAAUGCACAGCAACGCCAAACUUGGAGACAAAAUUGUUCAGAUACUCAUGGAAAUUGAUCCACAAAAUCCAGAACCAUAUGUGAUGCUUCACAAUAUCUAUGCAGAAGCUGGAAAUUGGAUGGAUGCCAGCAGAGUUAGGUCUUACAUGGAAGGAAAACAACUAAAGAAAAUUCCUGGGUUUAGUCUUCUAGUUCAAAAUGAACAUCAUGAUUAGCACCCAUCUCAAUAGGGCAUCGUCCAGAACUCAUUCCACAGUUUCUGACUUAAUGAGAUCAGAAAAUAUUGCUAACCCACCAAGAAAUGUUGACAGCCUGGAGCCAGUCACGAGACACACAGCUCACGAACAAAGUGGUCGGAGACUCGGAGCACAGGAAGAAAUUCCAGAACACCUC